GCCGUUGACGCCGACGUCAACUCCAUCUGUGCCCAUCGUCGUCCCACGCAAACGCGUUUCAGCUGCUCUAGACAGGCUUGGAGAACAUUUGUCUGCGACGCCAAUCCUCUCCUCGGACCUUUUGAAGCCUCUUUGCGCGGUUUUCUGGCGUCUGCGUGGCUCACGAACUGGUUUUUGAAACUCCCUAAAACAUCGAAAAGCGACUCUUCGGUCUCUUGGCUCUAUAAUAUACUUUGCUUGCGAACGUUUGCUAUCUAAUAGAUCGGCCAUCGUCGUCGUUCCAAUCCUCAAGCGUUACCGGCUACACACAGGCUUUUGGGUUUUUUCGCGAACCAUGCUGGGUCAUCAGUUUGCAUACUCGGCGGCUCCCAUUAAGAGGGUCGCCGAGGUGCAGUUUGGUAUCUUGUCUCCCGAGGAAAUUAAAGCAUACUCCGUCGCGAAGAUCGAGUUUCCUGAAGUCAUGGACGAGACCACUCACAAGCCGAAGAUGGGCGGCCUGAUGGAUCCUCGCAUGGGCACCAUCGACCGGAACUUCAAAUGUCAGACGUGUGGCGAGGGUAUGUCGGAAUGCCCGGGCCACUUCGGUCAUAUAGAACUCGCGCGACCUGUCUUCCACCCUGGCUUCAUCGUGAAGGUCAAAAAGAUUCUGGAGUGUAUAUGCGUGAACUGCGGGAAGUUGAAGGCUGACACCUCCGAUCCCAACUUUGCGGACAAGAUCCGUCAUGUUCGCGACCCGAAGAAGCGCAUGGCCGUCGUGUGGGGGCAUUGCAAAGGAAAAAUGGUGUGCGAGGCCGACGACCCCAAGGAGGAAGGUGACGGCCAGGACGGCGAAGAGCCAGUGAAGAAAGGUCACGGCGGAUGCGGUCACCACCAACCGCUCAUCCGGAAGGAAGGGUUGAAGUUGUUUGUUCAAUACAAAAAGUCCAAGGAUGAUGAUGAGGACCUUAAGGCCCAUCAGCCAGAUAAGCGGCUGUUCUUACCAUCCGAGGUCUACACCACCUUCAAGAAGAUGACCGACUCUGACCUUCAUCUACUUGGUCUCUCAGACGAGUACGCGCGUCCGGAGUGGAUGAUUUUGACCGUUCUCCCUGUCCCCCCGCCGCCGGUUCGACCGAGUAUCGCCGUUGAUGGCGGAACAAUGCGCAGCGAGGAUGAUCUUACCUACAAGCUAGGUGAUAUCAUCAAGGCGUCCGCGAACGUCAGGAAACAUGAACAGGAAGGUGUUCCCGCGCACGUCACCAUGGAGUAUGAGCAGUUGCUGCAGUUUCAUGUUGCGACCUACAUGGACAACGAUAUCGCCGGCAUACCGCAGGCUCUGCAGAAGUCGGGCCGACCUGUGAAAGCUAUACGCGCGAGGCUGAAGGGCAAAGAGGGACGGCUGCGGGGCAACUUGAUGGGCAAGCGCGUGGACUUCUCGGCGCGCACUGUCAUCACUGGUGACCCCAACCUGAUGCUCGACGAAGUUGGUGUGCCGCGGAGUAUCGCUAUGACGCUGACGUACCCAGAGCGAGUGACCCCGUACAACAUUGCAUAUCUCCAGGAGUUGGUCCGCAAUGGCCCGACGGCAUAUCCUGGAGCACGUUACGUAGUCCGCGAUACAGGCGAGCGUAUCGAUUUGAGGUACAACAAGCGAGCGGACGCGUUUCUGCAAUAUGGUUGGAUCGUCGAGCGUCAUCUGAAGGAUGGAGACUACGUGCUUUUCAAUCGGCAACCUUCAUUGCACAAAAUGAGUAUGAUGAGCCAUCGCGUCAAACUCAUGCCGUAUUCCACUUUCCGUCUGAACCUAUCCGUUACUCCCCCCUACAACGCUGAUUUCGAUGGCGACGAGAUGAACAUGCACGUACCGCAAAGUGAAGAGACCCGCGCGGAGUUGGCGCAAAUAGCUUGGGUACCGCGACAAAUCAUCUCACCACAGGCGAACAAACCUGUAAUGGCCAUCGUGCAGGAUACUCUCUGUGGAAUUCGCAAAUUUACGCUACGCGACACCUUCCUUGAUUGGAACCAGGUCCAGAAUAUCCUCCUAUGGGUACCUGAGUGGGAUGGAACUGUGCCUAUACCGACGAUCGUUAAACCCAAGCCGAUGUGGACGGGGAAGCAGAUACUGAGCAUGUGCAUUCCUCGUGGCAUCAACAUCUUUCGCUCUCCGGAUCCGAAGUCGUCCAGCCCGGUCUUUGACGAUGGUAUGAUGAUAGAGAACGGCGACAUCAUCUUCGGCAUCGUGGACAAGAAGACUGUCGGUUCAGCUCAAGGCGGCCUCAUCCACGUCGUGUUUCGUGAGAAGGGCCCCGAGGCCACUCGAGGCCUGUUCUCCGGUUUGCAACAGGUGGUUAACUAUUGGCUCUUCCACAACGGAUUCAGCAUCGGAAUCGGUGACACCAUCGCCGACGACAAGACUACCGCAGUGAUUUCGAAGAUCAUCGCCGAUCGCAAGGCCACCGUGUCCAAGAUCACGCAAGACGCGUAUCACGAUCGUCUUAAACCGCAGCCGGGUAUGACCAUCCGUGAAUCAUUCGAGAGUAAGGUCGAGCGCGAACUCAACCUGGCUCGUGACGAUUCCGGGCAAUAUGCCCAGAAGCACUUGAAGGAGGACAACAACGUCAAGCAGAUGGUCGUCGCGGGAUCCAAGGGCUCCUACAUCAACAUCUCGCAGAUGUCUGUGUGCGUUGGGCAGCAGUCCGUCGAGGGUCGCCGUAUACCAUUCGGUUUCCGGCACCGAACCCUCCCGCAUUUCACGAAGGAUGACUUCAGUCCGGAGGCUCGAGGCUUCGUCGAAAACUCCUACCUCCGCGGUUUAACGCCUCACGAGUUCUUCUUCCACGCCAUGGCUGGACGCGAAGGUCUUAUCGAUACGGCCGUGAAGACGGCUGAGACAGGAUAUAUCCAGCGCCGACUCGUGAAGGCGCUCGAGGAUGUGGCCGUCUGCUACGAUGGAACGGUUCGCAACUCGCUCGGCGAUCUCAUCCAGUUCGUCUACGGCGAGGAUGGCAUGGACGGUGCCUUCAUCGAGCGACAAAACAUCGAGACGUUUGCGCUGAGCGACCUGGACUUCGAGCAUCAAUACCGAGUCGACGUCACUGACCCGCAAGGUGGCUUCCUUCCUGGCGUCCUCCAGGUGGGCUUGGACGACAGUUCGCUGGAGCUUCAGGCGAAGCUGGACGAAGAAUUCGCGCAACUCGUCGAGGACCGGCGGCUCCUCAGGGAGUUCAUUUUCCCAAAUCAGGAUCCAUCACGUCCCACGUACUUACCCGUCAACCUGCAACGCAUCGUCCAAAAUGCGGUUCAGAUUUUCCAUAUCGAUCGCCGGAAGCCCAGCGACCUGGAACCUGCUUACCUUAUCGACGCGGUGCGGGGGCUAGUUGAGCGGCUUGUCGUAGUUCGUGGAGACGACUCUUGGGCGCACGCCGCCCAAGAGAACGCGACAAUGCUCUUCGGUAUCCAUCUUCGAGGGAUGUUUGCGUGCAGGCGUGUCUUGGAACGAUUCCACCUCAACAAGGAGGCUUUCGAAUGGGUCCUCGGUGAAAUCGAAACGAAAUUCAAUCAGUCCGUAGCUCACCCCGGAGAGAUGUGCGGUACCCUGGCAGCGCAGUCCAUCGGAGAACCCGCGACGCAGAUGACGCUAAACACCUUCCAUUACGCUGGUGUCUCUAGCAAGAACGUCACUCUCGGUGUUCCUAGGUUGAAGGAAAUCAUCAAUGUGGCCACGAAUAUCAAAACUCCCUCCCUGACUGUUUACCUCGUACCGGAACUACAGAAGGAUGCCAUGCUGGCGAAGAACGUCCAACAAGAGCUCGCGUAUACCACAUUGCGGACUGUCACUGCAGCCGUGGAGAUUUGGUAUGACCCGGACCCGACAUCGACGAUUAUCGAGGAGGAUCAAGUAUUCGUGGAAUCGUUCUUCGCAAUUCCUGACGAGGAAAUCGAAUCGAAACUCCAUCUUCAAUCACCGUGGCUUCUGCGUCUGGAGCUCGAUCGAAACAAGAUGCUUGAUCGCAAGCUUACGAUGUCCUACGUUGCCGGACGGAUAGCGGAGAGCUUCAAGCAGGAUCUGUUCGUCAUCUGGAGCGAAGAUAACUCGGAGAAGCUCGUCAUUCGCUGUCGAAUUCUAGGCGGCGCAGACAAGGAUGAAGAUGGAUUGGCGGGUGUCAUGGAGGAGGACGAGUUCCUGCGGUCGCUCGAAAACACCAUGCUCAACACCGUCAGCCUGCGCGGCGUCAAGGGCAUCGAACGCGUGUUCAUGAUGCAGCACAACAAGGUCGUGACAAGACAGGACGGCACGAUUUCGGCCCGUGAUGAAAACGAGAAGGAGUGGGUUCUCGAGACGGACGGUAUCAACCUGAAGACCGUUAUGUGCAUCGACGGCGUUGAUUUCAAGCGCACUUACUCCAACAACUGUGUGGAGAUUUUCGAUGUCCUCGGGAUUGAGGCCGCUAGGGCCGCCAUCAUGAGGGAGAUGCGCAACGUUAUCGAGUUCGACGGCUCCUAUGUCAAUUACCGCCAUCUUGCACUUCUGUGCGAUCUCAUGACUCAACGUGGCACUCUCAUGGCCAUCACUCGCCACGGCAUCAACCGUGCUGACACGGGAGCACUGAUGAGGUGUUCCUUCGAGGAGACCGUCGAGAUCCUCAUGGAGGCGGCAGCCGUGGGCGAGAAGGACGACUGUCACGGAAUUGCGGAGAACGUUAUGUUCGGUCAGAUGGCGCCCAUGGGCACAGGAGCGUUCGACGUCGCGCUCGACAUCGAUAUGCUGAAGGAUGUGAUUGUGGACCACAGGCUCCCCGUCCAGAAUAUGCUCGCUGCUCAAGCGGAUGGAGCUAUGACCCCGGGCCAGGUCGCAAUGACCCCCUACGAUAGCAGUUCGCCGAUGUGGUCCCAGGACGGCUCCUUCAAGGGGGAGUCAGCUGCAUUCUCCCCGCUCGCCGUCAACGGUGGGGAGGAUCCAGCAAAUUUCUCGUACCUUGGCUUCGGGCAGAGCCCCAUGGGCGCAGGUGGGAUGUCCCCUGCAGCUGGUGCUGGCUACAGCCCCAGUUCGCCGGGCUACUCGCCUACUUCGCCGUAUAUUCCACAAUCCCCAUUCGCCGGCGCUACGUCGCCCUUUGGCACCUCGCCAUACGCCACUUCUCCAUUCUACGACCGAGGGGCUGCUCCCACCUCCCCAACGUACUCUCCCACUUCACCCGCACUGAAUUUGACCUCUCCAAGCUACUCGCCUACGAGUCCCCGCUACUCGCCGACGUCGCCUUCGUUCUCGCCGACGUCACCGCGGUACAGUCCGCAAUCGCCGUCGUUCAGUCCGACGUCACCGCGAUACUCCCCGACGAGCCCCUCCUUCAGCCCAGCUUCUCCGAGAUACUCCCCCACUUCUCCUGCUCAGAUGUCGCCGUCCUCUCCAAAGUACUCCCCAACCUCCCCCGCUUCGCCGUCCUCGCCAAAAUAUUCCCCGACAUCGCCUUCGUAUUCUCCAGCUUCCCCCGCAUAUUUUUCUCCCGUGCCGGUUUGGCUCUAUAUCAGGCGUUUGAACUCCUGAAAGCUUACAACGCUAUCCACAAACGUAUACACGGCUCACCUGGCCUGCCCGUUCCUCGUCCAAGCUUGUCCUUCUGGCAGGUCCCUCGCUCGUCCCUCGCUACCCACCAGUCGGACUUGCCCAAACAUGCGGACGUGGUUAUCAUCGGCUCUGGCAUCACAGGUGCUUCAGUAGCCCGGAUGCUGCUGGGACAUGAAGCGGGGUUGAAGGUCGUUAUGCUCGAAGCUAGAGAGACAUGUUCGGGAGGUACUGGAAGGAAUGGUGGACACAUCAACCCACCUUUGUAUCACGACUAUAGUACUAUUAAGGAGAAGCAUGGUAUCGAAAUCGCUCAGAAGGUCAUCCGGUUUCGGUUGGCGCAUCUGCGUGAGAUGAAGUCCGUCAGUGCUGAGGAAGGCAUAUUAUUGGCGUCCCAGACCCGGGAUGUGCAGAGCUUCGAUGUGUACUAUGACGAGGAAGAUUACGUGGAGGCAAAGGAGGACCUUGCCAAGUGGAAAGAGGAUAUGCCAGAUGAAUCUGCGGCGUUCCAGAGCUGGGACGGCGAAGAAGCUAUCAAGGUAUUGCUGAUUAUCUCGAAAGGACCUGCGGAAUGCUCAAGUUCGCCUCUGCAGAGGUUUAAUGUAUCCGUGCGGAGUGCUGGGGCUAUCUCCGGCUCCGGAGGUGCUAUGCACCCUUAUCGCUUCGUAACGGGUCUACUCUCCAACCUCUUGCAGCGUUACCCGGACAACUUCUUCCUUUCCAGUCUAACGCCAUGCGUCGACAUCGUGUCGCCCUCGCUGGAUGGUUCUCAGUAUUACACCGUUCAUACCACGCGGGGAACGAUUACUACACCGCACAUCGUGCACGCCACGAACGGCUGGUCGGCGCACCUGCUCGCUCCGCUACGUAGCAAGAUCAUACCGGCACGGGGCGUGAUGAGCGCUCAGCGUCCCGGGGCUGGACUCUCGCCUCCACCGAGCCAAACGACAUCAGGCGACCCUUUUGGCGACCCUGCCUCGUCUCAGUCCCCAGCGAAGAACGACGCCUACCCCAUCCCGGUUCCCGGCAUGCGUUCCUACGUGUUCUACGGCGGUACCGGCGGGUACGACUACCUUACCCAGCUUCCAAGCGCUGGGCACGAGCUGAUGUUCGGCGGGGGUUUCAUCCGCGGCUGCAGCGAGGGCUUGGAAGAGAUCGGCGCCUCGGACGACAGUGCGUACAACGUCGGCCUCAGCUCGCAUCUUGGCGGUGCGCUUCCUGUCUACUUCGACGAAGGCCGGUGGGGCGCAGAGAGGGGCACUUUCGUCGAACCCGGGGAGGACGCGGGCUGUGAGGCGGAGGGCGUGCGCUGGCAUCAGGGGCGCGUGAAGGCGUUCUGGAGCGGCAUUCUGGGCUGCUCGGCGGACGGGCAGCCGUGGGUAGGACGCGUCCCGGUCAAGCUGGCGGGCAGGCCGGCCCCCGCUGCGGAUCUGGCGCCGAAGAUCGCGAAGGCUAAAGCAGGGGGCGUGGCCCUGGCGGAGCAGACGACGGCUGCGCCUGGCGAAUGGAUCGCUGCUGGGUACAACGGGGAGGGCAUGGUCCAUGCGUGGAUGUGCGGCAAGGCCGUGGCUUGCAUGAUUCUGGGCGAGGAAGCGGAACGGGAGAUGAAUUUGACCGAGUGGUUCCCGGAUAUCAUGCGUGUCACGGAGAAGAGGUGGAAGGAGGCCGACCUGCUGAAGUACAUCAAAGAACGACGGGGAUGAGUUCAGUCUACCGGAGGUCUUGUAGAUUGUCUGGCUCGUUGAGAUGAUUUCAUUACUUUCGGGUGCCACGAGAUGCAAGGCGUGUACAUGGAUCUGCUGUCGAACGGUUUAUCCUGACUGAGUAUACUCGCCAUGUCAGCUGGUCCAAGAAGCAACCGGAUGACGCGACGUUCACAUAACGAUGCGGUGGUCGGCCGUUUGCCACAGGUAUAUGAUUGGGUAUCAGCGUGAGAUGAAGAAUCGAUUGUCCGUCUGCGUGGAGCUUUCCCGGACGACCUCGGGGGUUGCUUCUACGGUAGAUUCGAUGUUGAGCAUUCAAUCGGCGGUCAUGGGUAACGCAGAGGUUCCGGCGAUGAACAAUCGCCUCGGGCGAUGAAGUGGACGCGUCACUGGACUUUUUAUUGAAAGCGUCCGUAUACGAUGCUCGCGAUCAGUACUGCAUCGAGCAGUUCUGAUACCAUCUGCGAGCUUUACUCUAUUCAGUUGCCGGGGUGAGUCCAUCUGAUCCACGGCGUGAUACUCCAUCCCGCGCGGCAGAUGCUCGGCACGCUCCUGGGGACGGUCUUGUGUUCGUGAGUGCCAGAAGCAGAAGGUUGAAGGGAUAAAAAGCGUUGGCCGAUGUCUCCCGGAGACUGCCUGAGAGAAGGAAAUGCUUCGAAGAGGCCUCGCAGAUAAGAACCGGGUGACGUUUGCGCCAGCGCUGGCAGCUCGUCUGCUCCAAGCCGGGGUUUGUGCGACUCGCCGGGAGAGGUUGGGCACGGUUACCAUGCGGAUGCAGGCUGUGGUUGAUACGCUGUACACAAGUCGGGCUAUCCCCUUUCACCUUUUUGUUCUGCUCGAUGCCGGCAGGGCAACGGACGCAGCGUAGUGCGCAGCAUCGGUCGGAGGGCCGCAGGUUGGAGAAACCGAUCGCCCCCCCCUGGCUUCGCCCUCUUUCCGGGACGUGGGGAAGAAAACACGAGGCUCGCACGGUUUCGGCGCGACUGCGCUGGUGCUGCAAUCGCUGGGCACGGCUGAUCGCAUCGGUGUUCGGUCCUGCUCGGACUGGACUGGCGCCGAAAUACCAGAACGCGGUAGAAUAUGGUAUUUAUCGGCGCCACGGCUCGAGAGACCUGAUGGCCCCCGUGUUUUCUGAGAGAACCUGAUUUGAGUUCGCGCGUGCGAAUUGGUUGACGAGCAGGAGAUCAGCGGUAUCCGUGCCAGCUGCGCGUCCCCAGCCGUAUCUCGUGUCGUCUGCGUGCUCGACGCCGUUCACAGCGCCGACAGAGCGUGCAGAUCGUCGUAAAAGGACCAAGCGCAGGGAGACAACACGGGUCCGCCGUUGCGCUAGUGAGAGGUCCUAUCAUCCGCCGCGUCGGUGCCGGCCUGGGUUCACCGCCGACCCAUAUCGAAUUGUUCGCUUGUCUUCAUCGACAACGACAUCGACCGUUGC